UCCUACGCUCUGUGCUGUCAGUGAAGGCAGCACCCCCUCCUCCUUCCCAGUCCUGAACGCCUCCUCCGGACAAGAAGGACCGCUACUAUCAACAUACCGAUCCCCCCAGAGAGAGAGAGAGAAGACCACGUCCUUAUUACCCACCAACUACUCGAUAAUUAUUUAAAACCAGUUUGAACGCGUUUGUGCGUGUCUACGAACCUAGAGGAGCUCUUGAGGCUGCAGUUUCCAAACUCCACCAAGUUCUUUUUCGCCCGAAAGUUUCGCAGCUCAUGUGAUUUGUCUUUUUUUCCAGAAUCAUAUUGUGGAUUUUCUGAGUUCAAAACCUCCUUGUGGAUUAUGUUUCUUCUCUAAAAGUCCCUGGGUGAGAGCCAGGCAAAAGUUUUCGCCAGAAACCCGAAGACUUCGGCAUGUAGCGCAAAAUCCGAGCACGUGUUGAUCGCUGUUUUCCUCUUCGAACAUCUUCGGGAAUGGGCCUGCGCCUCGCCAGGGUGCAUCUCUCCACCCAGUGGUGUGGCUGGCGUCGCGCGAGAGUGAGGAGGGCAGCGGCCAGGUCAUAGAGCCGGCCCACACGCCUGUCUCGCUCUCUUUUCGCUUGCUUGCUCCCAAGUGACUUUUGACCUCUGACUCAGCCGUGACCCACGACAAGCCGCCAGCUAUGCCUUUCCGGCUGAAGCUGAGGCGCACACGGCGCUACAAUGUCCUGAGCAAGAACUACUUUGUGACCCGGAUUCGCCUGCUGGACGACAAUGUGAUUGAGUGCACUCUGUCGGUGGAGAGUACAGGGCAGGAAUGUCUGGAGGCGGUGGCCCAGAGGCUGGAGCUCCGGGAGACUCAUUACUUUGGCCUGUGGUUCCAAGGGAAGACCCAGACCCCGGCCCAGCGCUGGGUGGAGCUGGAGAAACCACUGAAGAAGCAGUUGGACAAGUUUGGCAAUGAACCACUGCUCUUCUUUGGGGUGAUGUUCUACGUGCCAAGUGUGUCUCGUCUGGAGCAAGAAGCUACAAGGUAUCAGUAUUACCUGCAGGUGAAGAAGGAAUUAUUGGACGGGAGGCUGCACUGCACGGUGGAGCAGGGAAUCAGACUAGCUGGUCUAGCAGUACAAGCUGAUUUUGGGGACUUCACUCAGUUCACGUCUCAGGACUUCCUCAGGGAAUACGUUCUGUUUCCCGUGAACUGGCCCAAUGGAGAUGAGGUGCUGGAGGAGUGGACGCAGAAAGUGGCAGAGGAGCACAAGAGUCACUGUCGAAUGCAGGCUGCAGAGGCGGAGCUUUUGUACAUCAAGGAGAUUGAGAAACUGGACGGUUUUGGGCAGGAGAGUUUUCCUGCUAAGGACAACUACACCAAUGACAUUUUCAUCGGCGUGUCCUUCAUCGGAGUGUUUGUCAAACACAGAAAUGGCAGAUCUAUCAUGCUCCACAGGUGGAAGGACAUUGGCACCGUUGCACAUAACAAGUCUGCCAUCACCGUUGAGAUCAUGAGCAGGGACGACACCAUCAUUUUUCACUUGGAAGACAUGGAGAUGGCCAAGUACAUUGCCCGUCUUUUCACGGCCAGACACAAGUUCUACAAGCAAAACAAGAUCUGUGCAGAGCCGACCCACUCACCUGCACCAAUCCCAAGACGGACCACCUGGACCCACCGGCUCUCCUUGCCACGCCCCCAGUCCUGUAACUUCCAGUAUGGCGACCACUAUCAAGACACACAAAGCUCUCAAGACAGCAUCUUCCACGACGACCCGUACUUCAAGUCGCAGACCAGUCUGGAUCGCUGCCAAUUGGACUUUCCCUACCGUAAUGGGACGGUUCCCAAUGGGAGCAUGUACAGCAGCCCCAGCCUCAGCUCGCUCAAUCACUCCCAGACGUUUGUCCCACCUUCCCCCAUGUCCUCCAACCUCAGCAUCCCCGGCAGUGAGCUUAUGCGCCCAGACUACAUCCCGAGCCACCGCCACAGUGCCAUUAUCGCUCCGUCCUACCGGCCCACGCCGGAGUAUGAUGCUGUGAUGAGGCAGAAGCGGCGAAUGCUCCCUGCUCACCAUGACCUGCACAGCCAAUCGCUGCGCAGCCUCAACAUAAGUAACGCCUGUGCAUACCGGCAACCUGAAGCUCUGGUCUACAGCCAGCCUGAGAUGAGGGAGAGGGGCCCGUAUCAUGGUCUGGGUCAAAGUCCUGGACCUUACACUCCACAGAUCAGCUACAGUAAACCAGUGUCCCACGGCCCCCACCAAGGAGGACCAGCCAGCAGCCACGGACCCUGCCACUCGCCCUUCGUCAAUGGAGUCGGCGGCAGCAGUGGAGGCGGAGGUGUCGGCAGCUCCAUCUCUCACACUGUCAGCACGCCCGAGCUGGCGAACACCAAACAACAAGGGACGAACACAGGAAACUACGCCGCUACCGCCAACAUGCUGCGUAACCACAUGUCACGUCCACCGCCGCCUUACCCCACAAGCUCCUUCCGCCCCGCCACCAGCACGCCAGACUUGGCCAGCCACCGUCAUCGCUGCAUCGGGGGCAGCAGUCCGGAGCUGGUGACUCGCAUGGUACAGCUCUCGGUCAAGACCUUCCAGCCAGACAGUUCAGCUGUGGUGCAUCAGUCCCUGCAGGAGGUCAGUGAGCCACUGACUACUGCGGCCAAGCACCGCUCGACGCUCGGGAAGAGACACAGCAUGGAGGUGAUCAGCAGCAUGAGAGGCGGAGGAGGAGGAAUGGAGGGGCUUGUGAUGAAGAGCAUCAACGCUCCACUACAUCGUCGGAACACUCUGAGAGAGCAUGUGAAGCCCCCUCCCCCUCAGGCCAUUUGUGCACCUCAAGCCCAGACCCCUCAGCCACCCGCUCACCCCCCACCUCCACCUCAGCCUUCUCAACCUUCACCUCAGCAGCCGAAAGAGCUGCCCGUUCAGAUGACUGUCCAAAAAGUACAGGAGCCUGCCACGACUGGUCCGGUGGGCUAUCAGCACCAGAAGACCCUCUCCAACGCCACCAUGCUGAUCCACAGUAGCGAGAGCGAAGAAGAGGAGGAAGAGGAGGAGCGACCCGAGCUCGACGUUCAAAUCCCGAGCCUUAAUGAGGACAUUAGCAUUAGCGCUCAACUCCAAGCAGCAUUGGCCAAACUGCCGAACAAGCCUCCUCCGGAGUACCCCGGUCCUCCGAGACCUCCCAGCAACACGAAGAUCCGCAGUCACGGUCACAACCACACUCACAACCACAAUCAAGGACCAGGAUCCAACCAGGGACCCGUAGACCAGACCCCAGAACAGAACCACGCUCUCACUCACGGACAGAGCCAGGGCAGUGUCGGACCCGGGAGCGCUGGCGGUUCUGGCGGUACGUUAACCCGAGCGGACCAGGUCAACGGGGCGGUUUUGGGACCGUCCAUUUCUGAGCCAGACCUGACCAGCGUGAAGGAGAGGGUGAGGAAGGAGCCGGUCAAAGAGAGGCCGGUGUCGGAGAUGUUCUCCCUGGAGGACAGCAUUGUGGAGCGGGAGAUCGCGCAGAGGACGCUGGAAAGACAGAAAAUGUCUGUGGACUCCAUGAAGAGGCCCCUGAUGAUGGCAGCGCUCAACGGGCUCUACGUGGCCCGGAUGCCCGUCCCAGAGUGUCCAGCAGAGGACGGCGCCAAAGCUGCCACUGACGAGCGGUGCAAGACUCUGGAGCUGAAGCUGGAAGAGGAGCGGGUUUUCACAGAGUACGAGCAGGUUCCCAAAAAGCGACCCGACUGUGUUCCCACCACGGCCACACUGCCCGAGAACACCGAGCGCAACCGCUUCCGUGACGUGGUCCCGUAUGAGGAGAAUCGGGUCGAGCUGGUGCCGAACAAAGAGAACAACACUGGAUACAUCAAUGCCUCGCACAUCAAGGUGAUGAUCCGGGGGGAGGAGUGGCACUACAUCGCCACCCAGGGGCCGUUAGCUAACACCUGCGCAGACUUCUGGCAGAUGGUCUGGGAGCAGGGGGUCAAUGUCAUCGCCAUGGUGACAGCCGAGGAGGAGGGCGGCCGACCCAAGAGCCACCGCUACUGGCCCAAACUGGGCUCCAAACACAACUCGGCCACUCACGGAAAGUUCAAGGUCACCACCAAGUUCCGCACCGACUCGGGGUGGUACGCCACCACGGGACUGAAGGUCAAGCACUUGCUGUCGGGUCAGGAGCGGACCGUGUGGCACCUGCAGUACACGGACUGGCCGGAGCAGGGCUGCCCUGAAUACGUCCAGGGUUUCCUCUCCUACCUGGAGGAGAUCCAGUCCGUGAGGAGACACACCAACUCCAUGCUGGACACCUCCAAGAGCCUCAACCCCCCCGUGGUGGUCCACUGCAGCGCCGGUGUAGGGCGCACGGGCGUGGUCAUCCUCACUGAGCUGAUGAUCAGCUGCCUGGAGCACAACCAGCCGGUGGAAGUCUCCGCCAUGUUGUCGGCGCUGCGACAGCAGAGGAUGCUGAUGGUCCAGACCAUCUCCCAGUACAAGUUUGUCUACCAGGUCCUGAUCCAGUUCCUCAAGAACUCGCGCCUCAUCUGAGCCUGACACAGCAUCAGGUGGUGAAACAGGAAGCUGCAACGACAAGUCAAACCAGCCACAAAAGUGUCCAAAUGUUUCCCGGGACCUUCCUGGUCUGGACUGGUGCUUAUGUUGGGAUCCACGACCAGGCACCUCCUGAUCUGUUUUGAAGCCUAUAACGUUGACACUCGACCCCAGCCCUGUAGGGGGCGGCAGUGUGCCAAGAGGAAAUGUGUUCAAAUCACUCCUCCUGUUUCGAAACAGAAAUUUACUUCAACGUUCUAGAUUUUAAUUUAUUUAUCUCCACAUCAGCUUUGCAAGGACUGACUCGGCAACUUUGUUUUGUCGACCUCUUCAAUUGUCUUAACUUAAAGUCGCUUCCGUGCUCAUUUCAGCUCCACCAACUUCAAAGGGUUUGUCCUCAACAUCUCAAACUUCUAAAAUGAACAUGCGUCUGUGGUGUUUUCUCUGAAUGUUUGAGCUCAGAAAUAGGUAUUUAAGGGCCUCACAGAAGACAUAAAAACUCAGUCCUUGCGUUGAAUUCCGCAGAAAUAGUUGCCAAAAAAACUACCUGUACAUCCAAUGUGGAGGAAACAACUUGAGCUGUAGCUUGAACGAAGCUGGGAUCUUUACCAACUGUAAAUACUGUAUCAUCGUGCCUUAUGUGUAACAAGAGAAGCUCAUGUAUUGUUUUGGGUUCUAAUAUUUGAUCUUUAACUGAUCCAUUUUUAAGACAGUGAUGAUCUAAAUUUCAUCCUUUAACAUGUUUAUAUUUCACCCUCGAUGCAAAGCAGCCGUGUCCAAAGUCACGUUGUACAUACACUAAUAGUUUUUUUUCAAUAGUUUUUGACUUGGUACCCCAAAAUACCGCAACAUAAUAAACUAUGCAUGCAUGUUUUACUUCACUGUAUAUAAGUAUAUGCUCAGAUAAGCUGUACGCUCUCAGUGUAUGAACAGUGUUGCCAUCAUGUAACCACUUUGUGACAGUAUUGUAUCACAGCAUUCCACCAUUUGUUCAUAUUUAAUUUUUACCUUUUUCGGAACAAAAUUCCCAAAUAUCUUUCAGAAUAUUUGUACAUACCUUUUUGUAUAUGCUUCUUUUUGUCUUCUCCCCUGGACGUGUAUGAGACUGUCAUACUUGCUUAUUAUGCAAUAAAAGCCUUAUUUUCUUUAA